AUGUCCAUCUUCCUCAACCAAUUCCAUGAGCAGCUGGUGGAUGAUAUCUUGACACAUGACGACUGGCAAGUGCUCAAAACGACACAUAAAUUUCUGCAGCCGUUCUACCAAGCGACCAUGGAGCAGCAGAUGGAGUGGGCGUCAAUUGACCAGAUGCUGAAGAACAUGGACAUCCUGCUCAAGCAGUUUGAGGACGCCAAGAUCAGGGAUGUUGACAACGGGUACAUGGUUAACCCGAUCCACAUGGGUUGGUGGGUGCUUGCAAAGUUUCACGAAGAAAGCGAUGCCAAUCCCAAUCUACGUCACGUCGCUGCUGCUCCAUCCGGAAAAGAGGAGAUACAUCGACCGGCACUGGCCGGAGGAGUGGCGAGACGUGGCGGUGCAUCGCAGCCAAGAAAAGAGCGACCCGAGAUGUCUCCGUACGAGCGAAUCAAGCUAUCGAUGAGUGUGUUGAAUGUACCCGACGACGAAGACGAGUUCGAGAAGUUCAUCAAUGCCCCGCCGAGACAGGUAAUGGCGAAGACUCCGCUGGAGUGGUGGUGCCGGGAGGAGCAGCGGUUGAAAUAUCCGCGCCUGCACCAGAUGGCCGUUGUCAUCCUUAGUGUCCAGGCCAUGUCUGAUGACCCUGAAUGA